AUGUUGUCUCCUACCUCCCAGGAGCCUCAUCAACAGCCUCAAACUCAGCAGCAGCAUAGACAAUCUCGACCUCACGCCGCCCUAUCCACAUCUACUUCCUCAGCCCCAAUCCCCAGCAAAUCUCGUCGACACUCUCUCCAAUUCUCUUUCCCACCUCUCUUUCAAUCCGACACCUCAUCGACAAGUCUUGUGCCUUCAACUGCCGAGGGCAAACCUAUUCCCGUGGACAAUUCCACCGCGGAACAUCGAACCUCAGCUCUUCGAGAGCUCAACUCCAAUUUUCCGACCCGCCACCGAUACACACAAUCUACUGGCGCACAGAGUAGUACCUACUCGCAGCCUGUCAUUGUCAGAAGCUACUACGCACCUGUAUCGGCUCAACCUGCCGACCGGGGUGUCAUUGUUGUCAACGGCCGUAGACAUCGACCGGCGCUGUCUGAGAGUAGUGGCCCGUCUGCCCUCGUUCGGCGUGUUCUGCCUUUUGGCACAAGUUCAGCACCAUCUAGGAAUGGAAUGUUGGGUACCAUGGCAAGACGAACAAAGAAGCGAUUUGAGAAUGAACCCGAGGAACCGAAACUUCCAUCGGUCGAAGCAUUCCGCUUCAAGAGCUUUAUGGCCAACUUGGAAGACCAAACUGGUGGCACAGACAUCAAUGCUGACCUCGACCGCAUUGCCGAAAUUUGUGCAAAGUCGCGGUAUUCCCUAAGUAACCAGUAUGAGGUCCAUUAUGCCCCUCAUGGCUCAGGUUCGGCAUUUGUGCCUGGGGGUGUUGACAGCCAAGAGGCCCAAGGACCCACCCUUCAAGUUGUGUCGUCGGAUGACGAGAGGAAUAUCAAACAAUACAGAAAACGUCCUAUGGGAGUGAGGAGAAAUAGCAGGGCAAUGGGAACCUUGGAGACCAUCAUGUCUUCAAGUAGGUCAUCGGAUGAGGAUAAGUCCAAGAAUAAGUCUGCUGCGGAAAUAGCUGAAGACGUCCGUGGCAGGGCUGCACAAAAAGGGUCCAGCAGACACGGGUCGCUGUCACCCUCUGAGGACGGGGUUACGGAGAAUGUGGUCGUGCAGGAGGAAUUUACACAGAGGACACCUCGACCAAGAAGGUCCGGCUCACUGGCCCUUAUUGAUGGCACCCGAUUGAGCAUGCACCUGAAUGAUAUGGAUGUAAGUCGAAGCUCAGCUGCUGGCCUGGUCAGCGAGCCUGCUUUGCCCCAGAAAUCGAGCAGUCAACUCGAAAUCCGAACAGCUCCGGAAAUAACGAAUAAGGAACAUCUUCCUGGUCUACCUAAAAAGAAGAAGCCUGCUGCAACGGAAGGAUCCAACCAGCCAGUUGUACAUGGCGCCAUGUCUUCCAUCGAGACGCCUAACCCAAGGAACAAUCUUAUUUCCACGCUCAGUGGCUGGAUGAACUGGCGUUCUGCUGACUCCUCACCAGCGCCUAAGGGUCGUGCGGAGGGUAGCCUACGUGAGCUUCUUAAAUCUAGAGACAUCAAAGGCAAAGGAGUUGAGGCUAUGGCUUACCAGUAG